AAAGUGUAAAACACCGGCCAAAGGGAUUCCAAUUCUCUCUUUGCCGUUGGAUAAAAGGAACUCAUGGGCGACGGCUGGCACGAGAUGAUUCCCAUAUAAGGAGUGAGGGAGGAGGAAACAAGGAGAAACAGAUCGAGGUGUUGGAUUAGGUUUGAUUUUGCAUUUCCAUUCCAUCUCGGAGAGAGAGAGAGAGAAAUUAUUUAGAAAAUUAAUGGCAUCACCGGCAUUGGCCCAGCAACCCAGAAACAGGAAGGAAUGCAACAACCGCAGGGACUUCAUUAAGUACUUGCGAGAGGAGACCGAGAAAGCGAAAAUUAUUGUGUUCCACGGUGGAAGUAAAGCUGCUGAACAAGGUGGUACACUACGUAUUCUGGACACUUUAAUGGGUCAAAACCCUACUGCGAACUUCCUCUACUUGGAUGUGGCUGCCGUGAAGUCGGUAGCCAACCAGUUAGGGAUUACGGACGACAAUGUGCCGACAGUGAUACUAUACAGAUAUGGAGGGGAUGCGCCGGUUUGGAUUUCGCCAAACGAUUCGGCUCAACUGGACUCAAGAGUUCGUAACUUCUUGGGGAACAGUAGGUGAUCCAUCCAUCCGUGGUGUCUACUUGUUUUGCUGCUUUUGAAGAUGGGGAUGACCAUGAACAACGUGACGUUCUUAAUUGUUGUUUUAUCUAUAUAUAUAUAUAUAUAUGUAUGUAUGUUAUUGUGACGGUUGGUUUGCCGGCGCCUACGAAUAAGACAGACUAGUGGAUACUCAGUGUGGCUUUGUUUUGCCAUGUGAAACGGAGGGAGCAGUAUUGACUGUAUUGUGUUGCGGAGCUUAUAUUUUAUAUACACACAUAUGCAUGUAAGAUGAACAUGUAGUAUUUUCAUAUAUAUAUAGUGAUUGUCUGGCUUUUCAUUUUUCUCUA